CACUCUUAUAUCUGAAGCAAGUUUGUUUUUCAGAUGCUACUUAUUGGAGAUCAAGUCAAGGAAGCUAUAGAUGAAGUUGAAAAGUUUAGUUCGGACUCACCAGUGUAUGCAAGAUAUAAAGCUAGUCUUUUGGAGCAUUUUGAUAGCAACAACCACAUUCGUCUUUCAACAUGCUUCGAAGAUGCUUUAAACAAAGAUCCACAAUGUACACACUCCUUGACAAGACUUCUAUGGUUGCAUGAACAAGGGCAUUAUAGCACUGAAAAACUGUUGGAGAUGAUAGCCUUGCACUUAGAUGCUACAUAUGCCGAUCGUAACAUUUGGAAAGAGUUUGCUUCCUGCUUCCUGAAGCUGUCUCCGAGUGAAGAAGACAGAAUAUCAACUUGUAAUGAUAAAACGUUGCAAGGGCAGUCUAAGAAUUUCAAUAGGAAGCCGGUUAGAGUUGCUGACAGCGUUAUGGGUAAGGAGUGGAAAUUACGUUGCAGAUGGUGGAUGACCCGUCACUUCAGCAAAAUGAUUCUUGUUUCAGAAUUUGAAGCAGAUGAUGUGCAGCUUCUCACUUACAAAGCAGCCUCAGCUUGUCAUCUUUACGGACAAGAUUUUGAGUAUGUCACAAAGGUGUCAGAAUAUUUAGAGAAGGAUAUAAAUAAUAGUGCUAUGUUGUCAAUUUUGCAGACCCACAUGCAAUAUUCUGCUGGAUUCUAUAGCAAAGGUGUCCCAGUGUCUAGAGAAAGAAAGAUUUAGUAGUGAUAUGUGUCAUUGUUGCAGACAAUAUUCUGUUGGAUUCUUAUGAUAAAUAAUCCAAAAUGAAUGCUUAUUAACUAUUUUAUUAUUAAUACAACAUCCUCGUGGUUGGUUAUUUGAAGAUGAAAGUAGAGCAUAAUAUUCCUAAUGUUGUCUACAUAUGAUGUAUAUUAGCGAUUGUAAAGAUAUGAUGCAUGCCUUUAAUACUGGGAACAAGGGGAGAUGUGUGCUUUGGUUGGAAUAUUAUACAAUAUUACAGGAGAUAAAGAAAGAUCAAGUGAAUGGAAUUUAUAGCCGUUAAUGCAGAUCCCCAUCAGGUCUUUUUUAUUUUAUUUUAUUUUGUUAGUGUACAGCAUAAAUACAUCUAGCUUCCCAAAUGUUUCACAUUGUGUGUGUUUUUGUUGAGAGAGGGGGAGAGAGAGGAGAGAGAGGGAGGGAGGGAUUUUCCAUUCACAGGGAGUGUUUCUGGGGUUUUGAAAAUGGGGAAUUCAUUUGGGGGCUCAGCUUCUGGGGAAAGACUGAUCUCAGCACCUAGAGAUGGUGAUUUUGUUGAAGCCAAGAUGCUUCUUGAUUGCAAUCCUUGUCUUGCUAAAUACUCCGCCUUUGGUGGCCUCAACUCUCCCCUUCACUUAGCUUCUGCUAAAGGCCACAAUGAGAUUGUUGCAUUGUUAAUUAAGAAUGGUGCUGAUGUGAAUUCAAGAAACUAUUGUGGCCAGACAGCAUUGAUGUGAGCUUGUAGAUAUGGGCGCUGGGAGUUUGUUCAAACUCUUGUUUUGUUCAGAUGUAAAGUGAGAAGAGGGGACUAUCUUAGUGCGAGGACUGCUCUCCAUUUUGCAGCCGUCAAUGGGCAUGUUAGAUGUUUGAGACUGGUGGUGGCUGAUUUUGUUCCGAGUUGCCCUUAUGGUUCUAUAAGUGGUCAAGCUAAUGGCGGUGAUGCUUCCAACCACUGAUGAUACUGAUAAUAGUGCUGUUUGCUUGGAGAGGCCAUGUACUGUACCUGCUGAAGGCUGCAGGCAUGAACUUUGUGUAAGAUGUGAACUUUAUCUUUGCUCCACAAGCAAUAUUGGUUCUGAACUACUAUGUGUCGAUCUCUUUUACUAAAUUGCCGGGUUCUCAAGCAAAAGAAAUCAAACUAAAUAUGUCUCUCGGCUUAUGUACCCCGUGCAUGAUACACACCCGAGAAUGAAAUCAUUUGACACCAGCUUGCAUCCCUGAAAUUCGAAAGAAUGGUGUAGCUUCGGUAUCUUGAGAUAUAUUUUGUCCAGUCACCUGUAGCCUGUUUCCUUGGGUUGCAAUUCCUAUGUGCACCUGCAAUGAUGGAUCAUGCCCAUCGGUGCAACCCAAGAUGAAUCUCCAUCUGCAAACGAAGAUAUGAUGUUAACAGUGAGUCCAGAGAAAACAAAAAUGUUUUGGAGCAGAAGAAGCUGUAGCAGGGAGCAACAAUUCAAUUCUGAAAUAAACUCUUGACUAUCAUAGCACAACACCUGCCGAAUGUUUUUCUAGCCGAACUGAUUACAUU